AUGGACGAAAAGUUGGUGAAAGAUUUGAGCUUUGAAGCCCAUCGGAAGAUGGACGUUCUCCUUCUUCCGUCAAAUCCGGGUCGAGACUGGAAAACGCUCGCGGACAAGAUGGGGUACCCGAUGGAGACCAUCUUGUAUUUUGAAUCAAAGAAAGAUAAAGGCCCUGUGAUGGAAUUGAUUAAAGACUAUGAGGACAGAGGAAAGACGAUCUCAGAACUAAUAUCCUUUUUGAGUGAAAUGGAACGAUUUGAUUUGAUUCAAGACCUUGAACCAUUUAUAGGUAAGUUUACGUUUUCAUUUAGUAAAACGGUAUCGAUCGAACAUCAUUGCGAAGCUCACAUGUAUUUUGGCUAGUAAAAGCUUAUUAUCUGUAUAAUUUGUUAAUCAGGUAAUAUCUUUCCUUUGUCUAACAUUUGAGGUGCAUUUGUAGUUGCUUUUUUAUCGGUUUAAAUGCAAUCUUACAAGUUCCAAGUGCGAGUAUGACGAAGGUUUGAACACUCGUUCAUUGUUUGCAAGCCAGUCAGUUCCGCUUCGCCUUAUCAAUAUUCUUCUUAAUUUUUAUGAUUAUUCCUGUCAGUCUGGCCAAAGUCCAGUUCAAUUUACUCCUUGUUUAAUUACAACAUCAUUUAACCUUUUAAGUUUCAUUUAAAGCGUCCAUUGAUGAACUGUUUUGCAACCAGAAAUUGAAUAAAACAUUGGCAUGGUUUAAAGACGUUGUGAAUCCUGUGAAAGCCUCUACUAAAAGUCUUAAGAUCGAGUUGCAGUCUGCAGUUUGUAUAUCCCCCGUGAUCUUGGGGAGUCAAAGAGCAAAUGCUCAUCUUCCCGUCCGAACGAGUCAAAGAUUCUUGAAAUCCAGUCCCCAAGUUAACCGCCGUACUAUUAAAUCUGAAAGACUCCUGUAUGUCUUAAAUUUUGUAAGACCUCUAACUGUGCUGUAGAAAAUUAAAUUAUGAAUUAAAAGAAAAAAAUUUCACUGCUAGGGCUUGAACCCCGUACUGCAUGGUCAUCAGGUACACAAUCUAAGAACUGUGGGGCAGAAGCACAUUGCAGACGCAUCGCAAAUGUUUUUAUACGUCAAUGUUUCCUCUUAUUUUAAAGCUGUUGCCCCAAAUCGCUUCCAUUUUCUCUGCAAAAUACUUCUGCCAUCGAAUUGAAUCACCAAAAGCAUUUUUUAACCCCUUUUCAAAGCUGCCCAUGGACUUACAGACUUACUCACAACACCAUGACGUGGUGGCUACCUCCUUCCCUAAAUGGAGGCAGUAGCCACGAAAGGGGACGUUUUUGGAGUGACAUGGCCACGCCUACGAGCACUGAAGGCGCGAGCCUCUAAGAUGCUAUUUGCUACAUUUUGAGAUCACAGUCGAUGGAAAAUAGUGGAGUUUUUAAUGACUUUCUCAUUGAAUAAACUGAAACACAAGUCGAGCGCAAUGAGAGCGUGCCACGAGUGAACGCAAACCUUUCACAAAGUCAGGGUAAUCCAGUGCACACCCAAAAUUAUUGUAGGCUCAUGUUCGGAUGCCAAAAGGGUAAAAAUGGCUGAGAAACCACGGAAAAAAGAGACUGGUUAAACAAGGAAAAUAUUAUUUUUCUUUGGCUAGGAAGAGUUCCAAACACCGCAAGAAUACUAAGUGAAAACAGGUGGAUGGAAAUAUUGUUUGUUUGAAGAAAGUGAAGUUAGAGUUAGGAUUAAAAAAUGCAGACGCUGGUCAAAUUUAUGGAUAACGAAGAUCUUGUUGUCUCUUGACACACAGCUCUAGUGUCUAGAAGCUGUUUGAAGCCAUUUUCAAGUGUUUUUUAGGGGGGUCUUUGUUUUCUAUAUCGGGGUAGAGGGGGGGGGGUGUAGAAAAUGAAGACAAAGACCCUGGUCAAGUUUAAUGAAGAUCUUGUUGUUUCUUACACACCUCAGCUUGAGAUAACCGUUUCUUGCUAUUUAUAAGUAAUUUUUUUUUUGGCGGGGGGCCUCUUUGUUUUUGGGUCUUAGGUCUUUCUUUUCUACCCACCCUCAUUCCAACACCUUCUAAGUGUUCUUCUAAGAAAGGCAUCUUAAACAUUAGACAUGAAAAUGUUGAAGAAAAUAACCGAAGAAUGGCAUGGACCAACACCAUUACUGUAGACUGUUCUAUGUUGGAAGACUGUUUGAAAAACUUCAAUCUCAAUCUCAAACUUCAAUCUCUCUCUUAAAACCUGUGUAAAGUGGUCUGAUAUCUGCCAUUUCUAGCUGCUCAGGGGUAGCUUAUCACUGACUGCAAGUUCAGAAAAACUUGAACACCUGAAAUAUUUAGAACAGGAAAUUGUUGUUUGUGUAGUGUCCUAUCACAAUGAAGAUCAGUACACACAAGCAAAUCACAAAACCAGACACUAAUUCCUUCCUCUGCUGCUUGCAGUUCUCUUUUCUUAGUUUAUUGCCUGAUUGCCUUUUUCCUUGCAACACAAUAAUAUAAUUUCCACAUAUAUUUUGGUGUUCAUGAGGUUUUUCUAAUUUUCACAGCAUUAUCUACCUGUGUGCGUUCACAAUCGUCUGAAAUCAAACGCUACAACUACUGAUGCAUUAGGCUGUGUCUUACUUACAACUAAAUUGAGAAUCAACCUAGGCUAAAUUUUAGCCUAGGUUGAUUCUCAAUUUCCUUUUGUCUCCUAGCCCUAAUAAUUUAUUAUUCAUGAAUUAGGAGACAGGAGACGGGAGACUAAAAGGCAAAGGACACAGAGAAUCAACCUACUAUUGGCGACAAAAUUAGUUCAGACACUUUGCCCUAAAAGGCCUUUCUGACGUUUUACUGAUUUUAAAAGGAGCAAAUAAUAAAGCUUUCCUUCCCCUAUCCCCUCCAUGCAAUGUUGUACUGCUGUUCAAGCCACCUGCAGAGAACAACAAACACCCCAACUUUGAAUGGAGGGGAGGGGUAGGGGUGUGGAUUGUUUUGUUCUAUGAAGUUACUCUAUUUGAGUACAGUGUCUCAGCAAUUUUGUUGCCAAUUAUAGGUUAAAAAUUUUAGCCUGAAUUCAACAUAUCCAAGACUGUAACUGUCGUUAAUUGUGUCUGUAACUAUCUAAUAUAAUUUGACAGAUAAAAUUUGAAAGUAGAUAUAGGUUUUUAUUGAUUUCAGAGGUAGAGGUGAUUGCAAAAUUAUUUAUUGCAUUAGGAAUCAUUCAUAGUUAAGUUAUUUUUUAAAAGGGUGAUUUAGAAGUGAAUUGUUUUAAUGUACUCCACAAGUUUGGUACAUCCAUGUGAAGUGCUUUUCAUGUUGUAUGUUAUGUCACUGCCCCCAGAUGAUAGAUAUACCAUGAUACACACCUGUCAGUAAACUGGUCUUCAAAUUAUAUCAACUUAGAGACAAACAUGCCAUUAUAUUCUCUGACAUUGUUUCUAUCACCAAAAAGUAACCAGAGUUCAAACUUUGAAUAGCUGGGGAAACCGUCAAAUGAAAGUUUUAUAUUUCAUGACUAAAUAGUUUGUCUAAGAAUUUUUUUAGCCACUGAUACUUAAUAUGUUUCUCAUUAAUAUUUCUGCAUUGUGAUACAACUACAGAAAAGACUCCUACUCCAGUUGAGAGGCAGGAAAGAGAAAGACGGGAAUUUGAGCAGCGUCAAACUCAAGUUGGUAAGUCAUAUAUUUACACUGGCACAAAUAUAGUUAAUAUCUGUUUAUAUGAAUUUUCCAGAAAACAACAACCAGUUGCAAAAAUGUUGAGACACUCUGACAAAAAACCGGCCUUUCUUGCUGCAAAUCGCUGCUAGUCACAGAUCUCUGAGGUAUAACAUUCACCAACUCCCUCCCCUCCAUUCAAAGUUGUUUCUUCAUGUUUUGAGCAUGGGCUUGAAUUGCAAGCAACUUUGACAAAGGGAUGAGGAGGGAUCACAAACACAAGAUGGUGGACAGGCCAUUUAAGCCCAAAUAAGGCACAGUGUUUCAAGUCUUCUUGCAAUGGGUUGAAGCCUUGGGGUCUUGGAGCAAAUGGAAGUAGAACUUGCUUCCAUAUUGAGGACUACGAGUUGCGUUACCUUCGGGUGUUGACGCAUUGGUUGAAGUUUCCCUUAAUUGAACUUUGAAAAAUCACACAUUUGAUAUGGCUAGAUUUUCAAUGCCUUUUUGGUAGUGUAAAACCACAGGUAGUUUGAGUGAAUGAGAUUGAAACCUUUUCAAAUUUAUUUAGAGAUUGUGAGAUUUUUUGUUGGUGUUAACUAAUUCCCACAUACAAUCACCAAACAAAUUCAUUAUGAUUGAUGAAGAGCUGUCAGGCCAUCAAUAUUGUUAAUAAAUACAUCGCUACCGCUCUAAUGCAAAUCUUUUGCAAGAAAAUUCUUCUCACAUCCUACUAUUAGAGAAUUUAGCCACUAAGAACUAACUUUUAGUGCCAGGGUGUUGGCAAUGUAACAGGGGUUGACAGUAUUUUUUUUUGUCCCCUUAAUUUAAUUGCUGUGGCUAUAUGGCCGGUAACUGGUCAAGGUUUUCAAAAUACUAAAUGGCCAGCAGUUCUAUAUUCUCAGUAAAUUUCACAAAAUCGAAAGAUUCCAGCUAAUCUAAACUAUCAUAUGUCGAUUUAGAAAAGUCAAGUGAUCCUGAAGUGCUUUACAGAUCUCAAGUCUAGUGUUUGGUUUGCGCUGGGCUCAGAGGAGGAAAUCAUGUUUUGUGACAGAAAAUUUUUUCAGCUUGACUGCCGGUCAAGGUUUUCAAAACACUAAAUGGCCGGCAGUUCUAUAUUCGCAGUAAAUUUCAAAAAAUCGAAAGAUUCCAGCUAAUCUAAACUAUCAUAUGUUGAUUUAGAGAAGUUAAGUGAUCCUGAAAUGCUUUACAGAUCUCAAGUCUAAUGUUUGGUUUACGCUGAACCAUGUUUUGUGACAGUUUUCAGCUCGACUGUCGGUCAAGGUUUUCAAAACACUAAAUGGCUGGCAGUCCUAUAUUCUCAGUAAAUUUCACAAAAUCGAAAAAUUCCAGCUAAUCUAAACUAUAACAUGUCGUGAUCCUGAUCAAACCAGCCGAUUUUAUGGGAUUUCUAUAUCAUAUUCUUGUUGGUCGCGAGUCUUUGGAUGUUCGUUACUGUUUUCUGUCCAAAGUGUGGCGUGACAGGCACGAUAAAAACAGAUAAACAGCUGGCCUGACGGGGUGUGACGAUAGUAACCUCUGUGAGUCGUGGAAAAGAGAUGUCAGGACACUUUUAUACUUAUGGCUGGUUUUUUUCGAUUUUGUGAAAUUUACUGGGAAUAUAGAACUGCCGGCCAAUUAGUGUUUUGAAAACCUUGACCGGCAGUCGAGCUGAAAAAAUUUUUAAGUGUCAUAAAACAUGAUUUCCUCCUGAGCCCAGCGCAAACCAAACACUAGCAUUUCAGGAUCGCUUGACUUUUCUUCUAAAUCGACAUAUGAUAGUUUAGAUUAGCUGGAACCUUUCGAUUUUGUGAAAUUUACUGAGAAUAACGGACUGCCGGUCAUUGAGUAUUCUGAAAACCUUGACCGGCAGUCGAGCUGAAAACUGUCACAAAACAUGGUUCAGCGUAAACCAAUCAUUAGACCUGAGAUCUGUAAAGCAUUUCAGGAUCGCUUGACUUUUCUAAAUUGACGUAUGAUAGUUUACAUUAACUGGAAUCUUUCAAUUUUGUGAAAUUUACUAAGAAUAUAGAACUGCCGGCCAUUUAGUGUUUUGAAAACCUUGACCGACAGUCGAGCUGAAAAAAUUUACUAAGUGUCACAAAACAUGAUUUCCUUCUCUGAGCCCAGCGCAAACCAAACACUAGACUUGAGAUCUGUAAAGCAUUUCAGGAUCACUUGACUUUUCUAAAUCGACAUAUGAUAGUUUAGAUUAGCUGGAAUCUUUCGAUUUUGUGAAAUUUACUGAGAAUAUAGAACUGCUGGCCAUUUAGUAUUUUGAAAAACUUGACCGGUUACCGGCCAUAUAGCCACAGCGUAAUUUAAUCUGACUUUUCUGACACCAUGUACUGAAAAGAAGAAGAGGUCUUUUUCAUCAAAGUUAAUAAUGUUUUUUGUUCUUGUUGCAGAAAGGAACAGAGAGAUUAAAACAGGUAAGAUAGUCAUUUACCUCUUUUUCUUUUUAAUAGUUUAUCUUUCAUUAUCUUAGUACUGAUGACACAAAAUGUAAUAAAUCAUACAAACAAAUCAUACUAAUUAAGAGUUAUUUUUCAAUGUCAUUUCCAGAAAAAGACAUUUGAAAACUUCUUCUGGGAAUGGUUAUCUACAAAACUGAGACCUAAGACAAAAAAACUAAGCCCCAAAAAGUUAGUCGGGCCCCGUGGAAAACUAUUUAGUAAAUGUUAAGAAUGUUUAAUGAGAGGCAUAUAUCAGUUCUCAGUUAAGAUUAUAGUUUUGUUCUUUUUUAUUGGCUGCGCAAUCCAUCAUUAGACAGGUUUCAGUUAGAUGAAUGUUGUUUCAUCAGAUUUAUUGUUCUUCAAUUUUGUUGUGUUAUAAAAUAGAUAAAGGGCUUCAUUAAAAUAAUUAGGGUACUAGUAUUAUUGAUGAAUUGCCCCUCACUUUGUAAACAUUGAUAAUAAACUUUAUAAUUUGACUGGUGACAAUGAUAUAAAAUUAGAUUGGAUAGAAUUUAACUGCCAACAACACCUAACCUCUGCAAGGAGUAAAGGUCCCACAAUUAUCCAUGCAAGUCCACGCAAAUUGAAAUUCAAGCCACUGAUCAAUGGUGUGGUGUUGCAUGGCUAUCUUGAUUUACUUCACCUGAGAUGCAAAGUUACCAAAGAUAUGAAGGAAUGCCUCUUUGUUCAGUGUUGCUUUUCAAUAUGAUCUCCUCUCUUUCAAUAACUAGAUGGCAAAAAAAAUUAACCCAUUUAAUAAUUUGGGCUGGCUCCUCAGAGCUUCUGACUAGUAAACUUCAGCAGCUUGACUAAAUGAAAAGCGAUUUUCAUCUCUCACCCUGGUUAAAACACAGUUUGAUGUAACAGCUAUUCAAGGAAGUUUUUAAUUUCCCAGGGAGUCUUUUAAGUCUUUAAUUGGUCUAACUAAAUGUCUUAGGUGUUAGUUUUCUAGAAACUGUUAGAAACAUUAUUUUUUUCAAAUCAAAUCGCUACAUUAAAGUUUUUAGGGCUGGAAUUUUCCUCAUUUGAAUUAUGUUUGUUUUUUAUGUUUUUAUUUACUAUAUUUCGUACUGUUAAUUCUGUCAUUGCUAGUUUGUCCACAUUAUGAUGUGUUCAUCUGUUAUGCUGGUCCUGACAAGUCAUUUGCUGAUGAGAUUCUUCACUAUCUGGAAAAAGCGCCCUACUACAUGAAAGUGUGCAUUGAUUAUCGGGAUUUCUUGCCUGGUGCCGAUCUCUUGGAAACUGCAGCCAAAGCUAUUGAGGAACGAUGCAAUAAAGUUCUACUCAUCCUAUCAGAAAACUUUCACAAAUGUGAAGUUGCAGACUUCCAGGCCAAAAUUGCCUUAAGCCUUUCUCCAGGUUUGUUUUUGAAACCAUUGCUGAUUUCCUGCUUUUGCUGUAUUUUUUUGCAGUGGUGGGGUCGGGGGAAGGAGUGUCUCUGAAAAGGUCGAAGUCGCGAGAGGUCGACUUGUCUCGCUAGAUAGGUUUUCAUUUGCAUUUCGCGCCAAAAAUGGGGAGUGGCGUGACUCACAUUUGGGGUUUCAGGUUUCAUUUGCCAGUCCUUGACUUGAAUGGCGGAAUGUGCUGAUUCCACUCCGACUAAAUCUAUUGAACGUGUGUGUGUAUCUCCAUCAUCGAAGGAGCAAAUUUGUUUACUUUGUGUGAAAGUUGUCUCUAACAAUGAUUUUAGGCGAAAGUUGACGAGCUCAGGGGGCCGGAAAAAAACAGAAAUUUGUUUCAAUCUCGAGUCAAUACUGGGAAAGGAGAUUUCACAACCAAGGAAUCCUUGACAUCCGCACACGUUUUAAACCUACAGAGACUUUUCAAUACACGCAUUUCUCUUCCUGUAACCCUCAUGAGGUCAGAAAAGGUCUCAUAAAGGGCGAAGCCAUUAGACUGUUGAGAACUAACUCCUCAGCUAAAUCCGUCUACGAAAACAUCUACAACUUCAAAAAACGCCUUAGCGCUAGAGGUUACCCUCACAAUCUCAUAGAAAAAAUCACCUCUGAGGUUAAAUUUAUCAAACGGAAGUCAGCUUUACAAAAGAACAAUGAAGUGUGAAAGAAAAUUUUGCCUUUCGUUACCACAUACCACCCUGCUUUGCAGAACCUUAAAAACAUUUUAAUGAGCUAAUGGCACUUACUUCAAGAUCAACCACUACUGAGAGAAAUAUACAAGGAGCCUCCCAUCAUUUCAUAUAAAAGAGCAAAAUCGCUGGGAGAUAUCCUCGUUAGAGCAAAACUAUAAGGACACGUAUCACACUAUCACAAGCUGAUGAGUCGUGUUUGGCCAUUCAACACCUUCCACUUCGCAAUCGACCGCAAGUCAUGUUUCAAUGUGCUUAGUACUUGUUAGUGACAGCUUUAUCCCCAAGGGUCCUUGGGAGCUACUCUGAUUGGUCCAAGUGCACCGACCUGUUUUUGGGUCGGUAAAAUUGGGGCUAAUCAGGUAUGAAAAGUCCUUCGUUCGCGCCAUAUGAAAUCUGACGAAGGACUUUUUGAAAGUCUAAUAAAAUGGCACCUCCAAUAUUGGAUUUUUCCACAGUGUACGUGUUUCAAUGUCUACCACCGAAUUUCCAGGAUUUUUCACCCUCUAAAAAGCCUGUUGACUGUAGUACUUUUAAGCAGAUGGAAAAAGUAUAACUUUAUAGUUCGACUGUAGACAUAGAGAGUAAGGGACAGACAAGAAAAUGGGAUAUUUUCUUCCUCCUUCCCCAUCAUUGUUGUCGUUUGGCCUAAUACCUGCCUGCCUUUUUAUUUUUACUCCCCUAUUCCAAUCCAUUCCUCUUCAAAAAUUAAGGAUUGCAGUUACAUCCAGGAAAUAUAGUCCACAGGUUAGGCUACAUUUUGUUGGUAAUAGCCAUGGAAUAAGUUGUUUUCUCGCAGAAAUAAGGUACAUGGCAUGGGCCUUUAGGCUACGAAAGUUUUGAAAAUUUUGCAUAAGCAUUGUUUUCAAUUUCUCUUGGGAUGAUUGCAAGUCCCACAAGGAACUAAAAACAUUUAUUAUGCAAAAUGUCAUUUAUGAAAAAGGCCCACUAAAAAAGGCACAUCUUUCAUCCAAGGUUUCACAGGGGGAGGGGUAAUGAAAUCUUGUUAUUUUACUAUUAAGUUGUAAGCAGGUUAAAUUGACUCUGAGUUGCAAAAAAGAAUGAUGGAAACAAGAUCACAAAAUCUUUACCAUAAUAAAGUAGUAUAGUGUAUCUUAUUUUUAAGAAUAUUAUGAAAAAAGUGUUAAAGUGCAACUUCUUGAAACGUGUCACUUAUUUGAAGAUUAUCCAAUCACAACGAAUUUUGGAAACAAACGAUUCUCAAGUUUUUUUUGCAAACAGAUCAAUAACGUUGAUGAAUUUGAGGGCUGUUUCUUGAGAGGUCCAUUUUGAAGUUUUCAACGGUUGCAUAGUUGAACCUUGAAUUUUAUUGGUCCAUUUGGAAAAAAACUUAAGAAUGAUUUGUUUUCAAAAAACAUUGUGAUUUUGUACUUGCUGAACCUCCAAGUGCCCCGGUUCAAAUAGUCAUGCGGUAAAUCGUAUUUUCACCAGGUAGCAAUUCACUGUAUUUCUUACUUAACAUCCUUUCAUAUUAUUUUCCCAGGGGCCAAAAAAAUGAUCCUAAUACCAAUUUUGUACAGACCCUGUCAAAUUCCUUCAACACUGCGAUUCAUCACAUAUCUGGACUACACAACAGAACAUGCUAGGAAAUACUUCUGGAACAAACUUUUAGCUUCUCUUGGUUACAAGGGUAACCUAGAAUGCAAUGGUAAAGCAUAACACACUUCGGAUUCUAUGAUGAAAAAUGAAGGAAGAACUAGGAAGAAGUAAAACAGUGCAAGUAACAGGCAAUAUGUCUGAUGGAAAAUGAAGCUACAACUGCAUGCACAAUCUUCUGUAUCUAAGAAGAGGCUAUUGCAACCAUGAGGGUGAACAUGUCAUUUUGUAAAUUCCCAAGACAUCUAGUUCAAUCAAGGAUUCUUGCUAAUUAGUCAAUUUUCUCUUUUGUUGUUUGGCACCCUGUGAAAGGAUCCGGCCUGGAGAAACCACUACUCACAGGGUAGUUAUUUGGUUGUUUGCUCUAUAAAUUCUAAAUUUUAUUGAUUGGUAGAUUCCUAUUUUAACCCAUUCACUGCUUAAUUUUUCACCAGAAAUAAUAAUUAUUGCUAAAAGGAGCCUAUAAGAGGUCUACAUUUUCCCAAACACAGAAACAGCUUCUCUAUUUUUUCAUUUGCCCUCCUCCUACACCCUUUGCAUCAUGCUUUGCACUUGCGCUCUGUUUAUCAGGUUCCGUCAGUCUUUUAAUGAGGAAAUGGAAAGGCUCUGAACAGUCCAAAAUUUCAAAAAUAGCUUUCUUUUCUCCUUGUUCUCUUGGAUUCUCUUCUCUAGUUUUGUUCCUCUACCGGGCUUUUGGUAGCCUUCAUACCUGUAGUCAAAAGGUUUUUUGAGACCUUGAAACACAUAAUUUUUUAACAUAACAUUUUUAGCCUAAUUUAUGCGCCAAUUUUACAUACCUGGCAUGUAUUUCUGGCUCGUCUAAUGAGCCCAGUUUCAAAUUCAUCACGGCCGCUGAAUAGAAGCAUUGAAGGCUCAUUUAUACAGGGUUAGCCUCAACCUAAGGUAAAUAUAUUCACAAAUUCCAUUGAGAAGAAGACCUGUAUCUAUUGUUUUGAACUCAAAUUCAGGCAUCUUCUCGCCGGUAUUUGUGAAUAUUUUACUUUGCAUCGAGCUUGACCCUGGAUGAAUGAGUCUUCAGUGCUUCUAUUCAGCAGCCACGAAGAAUUCGGAACUGGACUAUUGUUCGCUUUCGUGUUGUGCGUCAAUGUUAUCUGUGAAUGUCACAGGUGGUAGAGUGAUCAUGUUUCAUAGGCUUUUUUUUGUUUGUGAGUCAAGUGUGAAUGGGUGAGAAAACUUUAAUCAAAGUGUAUUAUUUUAAUUGGUAAGAUUUUCAUUAUCCCCCUCAAGUUCUUUCAAUAGUCAUUAAGUUGACUGAGCCCACAUCUCAUAGCUGUAUAGCCAAUGUACAAUCAGUGGAGGUGUUUUUGGAUCAGGUAUCACGUAAGAGCAAUAAUUUUUUCUGUAAUUUGUCUCAGAGCACUGUUUCACAAAUUUUACAUUGUAUUUGCCAAAGAAUUUCAAACAAACUUGUCACGUGACUGUAGAUCCAAGGACACCGCCUUAUUGUGCAUGGCUAACCAUUUUGGAUCAUUUAACCUUUUUAUACCUUGUAUAGUGUACAGACUUAAGAGUGUAUGUGCUUCUCCUGGUCCUCUUCAUUGCUAUGUCGUCAGCUACAGUCUGUGAUAUGCAUUU